UAUAUCCCGUCCAUCUUUUCUCUAUGAUUGGAAGCCACCAUUACUAUCCAACGAUCUCUCUUCGUAGACGUAGCUACAGCCAUGGCCAGCGCCGCGGAGAAGGCCCCGGCAAUUGCAAGCUCCGGGUCCGGCGUCGUGCUGAUGUUCCCGCUGCCGUUCCAGGGCCACCUGAACCCGAUGCUGCAGCUCGCCGACGUGCUCCGCUCCCGGGGCUUCGCCAUCACCGUCUUCCACGCCGCCUUCAACAUCCCGGACCCCGAGCGCGCGGGCGGCUGCCGCUUCGUCCCCGUGGGCAGCGAGGUCCCGGUCGGCGACCUCAUCCCCACCGGGAGCGACGCCGACUUCGCCGGCGCGAUCCUGCGGAUCAACGAGCGGCUGCAGGGGCCGUUCCAGGACGCCCUUCGCGAGGUGCUGCUGGAGGAGGAAGAAGAGGGGAAAGCGCCGCGGCCGGUGUGCCUGGUGGUGGACUCCAACUUCCGGGGGAUGCAGGCGGUGGCCCAGGGGUUUGGCGUGCCGACGCUGGUGCUGCGCACGGGCGGCGCCGCUUGCCUCGUGGCGUACAUGUCCUUCCACGCGCUCUGCGACAAGGGCGUCCUCCCGCCGCCACCGUCUCAAGAUCAGUCGCAACUGGACAUGCCCUUGGAUGAUCUCCCACCGCUCCUGCUGCGAGACAUGGUGUUCUCAGCUACAACACCACACGAGACGAUGUCGACCUGCCUAGAACGCAUCCUAGAGUCAGCCAGGUCUUCUUCCGGCGUCAUCGUCAACACAUUCGCCGACCUCGAAGGCGCCGAGCUCCGGAAGAUCGCCGACGGCGUGAGCGCCCCCGUGUUCGCGAUCGGUCCGCUCCACAGGAUAUCUUCAGGCGCAGACAGCAGCCUGCUGAUUCAAGACCGGAGCUGCUUGGAUUGGCUGGACAAACAGGAGGCAGGGUCUGUUCUCUACGUGAGCUUUGGGAGCUUGGCGUCCAUGAACCAGGAAGAGCUCGUGGAGACUGCGUGGGGCCUGGCCAACAGCGGCGCGCCGUUUCUUUGGGUGAUCAGGCCGGACCUGGUUCAGGGUUCACAGAAGGUUAGUACCCUGCCUGGCGGAUUCGAGGAAGAGACACGUGGCAGGGGAAUGGUGGUGAGCUGGGCACCACAGCAAGAGGUUCUUGAGCACAGCUCGGUCGGCGGCUUCUGGACCCACAAUGGGUGGAACUCGACGCUGGAGAGCAUCUGUGAGGGCGUCCCGAUGAUCUGCAGGCCCCACUUCGCCGACCAGAUGAUCAACGCGAGGUAUGUUCAGGAGGUAUGGAGGACGGGGUUUGAGUUGGAGGGCAAGUUAGAAAGGGCCAAGAUUGAGAGGGCUGUCAGAAAGCUGGUGUUUGAGGAGGAAGGUUUGGAGAUGAAGCGAAGGGCAAAGGAUCUGAAGAACAAAGCAAGAAGGUGUAUCGAGAAAGGAGGCUCCUCAGAAAUUGCAAUUGACUCGUUGGUCAACUGCAUAAUGUCAUUUUGAACAUUCUUUCACCUAGAUAACAUUGGUGUUAGACGUGUUACUUUUUCCGUAUUGAUUCAUUGGUGAACUUUACCGUGGAUAUUCUCUUUUCCAUGUUAUUGCACUUUUACAUCUA